UCUCCCGGGGAGGGCCCUACCAACGCUGCCGGCUGCGGCUACUGCAAGGGAGGCGGGGCAGAGCUCCUUUGCCUGCGUGCUGCCCCCGCCCGCCUGCCUCUUCUCCUCCCUGUUUUAUUUUGGCCUGCACGAGUCAGGCUCAGCCGCCGCCCGUGGCCCGAGUCCCCUCCUCCUCCCCCGCUGCCACCCCGUCUGGGGCUGGCGCGUGUGUGACCCGUUUGGGCUGCUGGAGGGUGCCCAGGAGGAGAGUUAGUCAGCAGCCGCCGCGGAGGAAGAGGAGGGGAGAGGAGGGCACGGCGGAGUCAUGGAAAACACUCUGCGGCCGCCGCAGCAGCAGCAACAGCCAGAGCAGCCCAAGCGGCGGCAGCAGCAGCAGGCAGGGGAGGAGGAAGAGGCGGCGGCGGCGGCUUUGUGUUUAGACUGAGGCUGAGGCCUGGGGGACAGGGGGAGAGGAAGGGCGGGCGGGCAGGUCGGCCUCUGCCUGGCCCGUCUCUCUUUCUCUCUCUCCGCGAGGGGCGACAUUUUGAGCGCCGCUUUUUCUCCUCAGGGAGAGGCGAUGAGGGCGCGACGGGCCGGAGGGGCGUCGGGGCGGUGAGGCGCGAAGGGGGCUGAGGGGAAGGCGGGGCGGGCCAGAAACCCCCCAGUUAGGUCGUCGUCUUCGUCUGUCUGAGCAAGAGAGAGGCGCCAGCCGUUGGCGGUUGCUUUUUUGGGGCUCGCUUUGUUGUUUUUCUUUCGCGAAGAGGAAGAUGAGGCGGUGAAAGUUGGGCCCUUCUCUCCCCCCCCCCUCCAUUCCCCCUUAUUGUUUCCCUCCCUUUCCCCGCUCGGGUUGUGUCAGGUGAGGGUUGACGCGUGGAGGACGGUUCAGACGUUCCUGCGGGUCGGGCUCGGAUUAUGCUCGCGGGGAGCCUUUUUAACCCCUCGAGGCGCAAAAGCGAGGGGGGUCUCGCCUUGGUAGCCCCUCCGAGAGCUGCGUACCUCUUGAGACUGACAAUGAGCCGUCAGCGUCUGUCGCUAGACGGUUUUUAUUUAGGCUAGACGGGUUUGGGAGGAGGAGGAGGAGGGGAAAAGAGGGUUAAGCUCUGCCCCUCCUGGCCGACUCUCGAACAGGUACAUUAAAAAAAAAAAAAACAAAACCAAGCAAGCAGAAAGCAAUGGAGUCCUGCUUGGGUUGACGUUGCCUUGAGCUCUGAUUUUUGGAUUCUGAUGGGGGGCGGGGGUUCAGCUUUUGUUUUCUGAGCUUUUGCCCCGGCAGGUUAUAAAUAGACCUGUUCAGAGGCUGUGUCAAGGAAGGACAAGUUCCAGAGAGAGAGAGAGACGGGCUGUCUUUAUCACCCCCCCCCCCCUCCCCAGCAGACUACUGCCUGCAAUUGCAAUGAAUGCCAAGAGGAGGCCUAGGUGAGACGUAUUUUUGUAAGCUGUUAAGGAAUAAGGACUGGAUUUCGAGUUUUUUUUUUUUAAUGAUUUCUACGAAAGAGAGCAAAUCUAGUUGGAGGCAGCAUCCGUGUGAGACGACACCGUAGGUGGGGGGGAAAGGACACUCCAUUCAGGCUUCUUCACUGACAUAAGCAACACCACCGGACUGAAAAUGAAGCCUGAGCGAGACACGUUAGAUGAAUACUUCGAGUAUGAAGCGGAAGAGUUCCUUGUCAACUUGGCCUUGCUGAUUACUGAAGGUAGAACACCAGAAUAUUCUGUCAAGGGUCGAACCGAAGGCUUCCACUGUCCUCCAGCCCAGUCGGGUCAGCCAGUAACAGCCAAGCAUGAAUGCAGUGACAAACUGGCCCAGUGUCGUCAAGCUCGACGCACUAGGUCUGAAGUCACAUUGCUGUGGAAAAAUAAUGUACCUAUCAUGGUAGAAGUGAUGCUACUUCCAGACUGUUGCUAUAGUGAUGAAGGGCCAGCCACAGAAGGGAAUGAUUUAAAUGAUCCUGCAGUCAAGCAAGAUGCCUUGUUACUAGAGAGAUGGAUUUUGGAGCCAGUUCCACGACAAAGUGGCGACCGAUUUAUUGAAGAGAAGACCCUCUUACUGGCUGUCCGCUCUUUUGUGUUCUUUUCUCAGUUGAGUGCUUGGCUGAGCGUUUCACAUGGCGCAGUGCCACGCAAUAUUCUCUACAGAGUAAGCGCAGCACAUGUAGACCUGCAGUGGACUUUUUCCCAGACACCAACUGAGCAUUUUUUCCCCGUUCCUAAUGUUUCUCACAACGUGGCCUUGAAAGUCAGUGUCCAGUCCUUGCCGAGACAAUCUAACUAUCCAGUCCUGACCUGCAGUAUUCACACCAACCUUGGCUUUUAUGAAAAGAGGGUAGGAGAGUGUGGAGGACAUCAGCACUGUAAUUCCUUCAAGGCCGAGCGAUGUAACACACCUGCCUCGCAGCACCUGUGCAGCAAACUGCUGUGGACCGAAGGUGUGCUCAGUGCCAAAAAAAGUCCUGAGCCUGGAACAGCUGUCAGAACCCUGAAAUUUUUCCCACCGACUGGGCUUGGAUCAGACUUCAAGGCAGAGUCUAAGCUCCAGUGCUAUACAGCUACUGUUGAGAGUAAGAAACUAUCACAGGAAACCUCAGAGAGAGCGUUAAAGCCUUCGGCCGACUCCCCUAAUGGCUACUCUUCCCGCCAUUCAUUAGGAGAUUCUAUUCCACUGAUAGGCUCUUUACUCCAAGAGCGGCAUGAGGUUAUAGCAAGGAUCGCCCAGCAUUUGAUUCACUGUGAUCCAGCAACGUCGCCUAUUAUGGGGCGGCCAUUCAAUGGGAAUGAAACAGGCAUGGUUAACUCGAAAGCCACUCGAACUGUGCACGAAGGUGAAAGUCUGCUGAGAAGAGGAAAGGAACUGUCCUCUGGAUCUACGGCUAACUUAGAACUAGCUUCAUCAGAAAACAGCAAUAUAGGAAAACCCCGAAUAAUACCAGAAUUACCAUUCUCCAACUCCCAGAGUCCAGUGACCCAGCGCUCCCGCCAAACUAUAGAGGAAGCUAACCCACUGAUAAGUUCUUUACUUCAGGAGCGGCAGGAGGUUAUCGCUAGGAUUGCUCAACACCUGAUUCACUGUGAUCCUCCACCUUCCCAUCCUGUGUUCAACAUACAUGAAAUCAGUUCAGUUAAUCCAAAGGGUUUUCAUAGUUCCUGUGUGGAGAACAGCCCGCCGAAGAAAGGAAGGGAGACUUUGUCGGAUUCCUUCUCUGCUUCAAGGCUGAGUUUGCUUGAAGACAACCUAAAAGCAAAAGGCAGAACACCAGCAACCCCUCCGAGUUCUUGUAGAUACGACGCUGAAUCAAAGGCAUCUCCAAAACCCCAAGCAAGAAGAAAAUUGCUUCUUGCAGAACAUAGCGAUGUAGUCCAAAAUACAUUUCAGCCAUCUCCUUCCGGUAGAAACACGCUUCCAAUGACUGUUACGAUCCAGUCUUGUAAGAAAGAAGAUAAUAGAGCAGAAUUGGCAGAUAAAUUGGAAGCGGUACUUUCCGGUUCUCCCCGUAAACCUCGAGUGGUAUACAAAAGUAUUGCCAAGCAGUGUUCCUCUUCCAGUUGUGGCAGUGAACUGAUUUGCACAGAUAAACUUAAGGACAGAACAAUUGCUAGCGAAAAUGGCAACACAGACUGUUUAAACAAUCCAAUGUCGGAUCGGUCUAGAAUACUUGAAAAUAUUAAAGUGACUGUAACACAGGCACCUGACAGUUUGCACAAAAGUGAGCCGAAGCGCUUAAGCCAAGACUCUAAACAACCAAAUAUUUGCGAACUGAACUCCCAGCUCACUAGUAUUGAAAACUAUUUGCAUAAAGACCACGAAAGUUUCCAGUGCAAAAACAAGCAAGAUAAAGUGAAAACCACGCAUGAUGAGAACGAAGACCCGACGGACUAUGCAACCCAAAAGCGUUUGCAGAAGAAACCCAUAGAUGAUGGCUCAGCUCCUGGUGAACAAAAGAAAAAUGGAGAUGUACUGAGAACAAUACCACUUAAACACGUUUGGCGGAGAAAUAAUUUUCACCAUCUGGACGGGACUUCCACCAAGGCUUUCCAUCCACGAACUGGCUUGCCUCUACUUUCGAGCCCUGUUCCUGAAAGAAAAACACGUUCUGGCUGUUUCGAUCUUGACGCGUCUCUGUUCCAGUUGAAAUGUCUGUCCUCCAAAAGUCCACAACAUUGUAUAAGCAAAGAGAAUGACCCAGAUGGCCAUGAGAAACCAUUUCUGAGUUCCAGUGCACCACCUGUAACAAGUCUUAGCCUCCUUGGAAACUUUGAGGAGUCUGUGUUGAACUAUCGUUUAGAUCCCCUGGGUGUCGUAGAUGGUUUCACAGCCGAAGUGGGAGCAAGCGGCAUCUUCUGUCCAACACACAUGACUCUUCCGGUUGAAGUUUCAUUCUACAGUGUUUCUGAUGACAACGCCCCCUCUCCUUAUAUGGGUGUAAUUGCUCUAGAAUCCCUUGGUAAAAGGGGUUAUCGGGUACCUCCUUCAGGAACAAUACAAGUGACCUUAUUUAAUCCUAACAAGACUGUGGUGAAGAUGUUUGUGGUGAUCUACGACUUGCGAGAGAUGCCGGCCAAUCAUCAAACAUUCCUACGGCAAAGAACCUUUUCUGUCCCCGUGAGACGAGAAACAAAGAGAAGUGUCAACAAAGAAAACACUCACAGGCGUCCUGAAGACAGGCUUCUUCGCUACCUCAUUCAUCUGAGGUUCCAGAGUUCUAAGUCUGGAAAGAUCUACCUCUACAGAGACGUAAGGCUCCUGUUCUCUCGGAAAUCCAUGGAAGUUGACAGCGGCGCCGCAUACGAACUCAAAUCUUACACUGAAUCUCCGACAAAUCCUCAGUUUUCACCCAGAUGCUAGCGAGGAUGAACUGUACAAAAGUAUUGUGGGAUUAUGAUUUAACAGAUGGGAAAAUUUGACAUGAGACCUGUUGUGUAAAGGUUUAAGUAGAGAAGCAAGUGAAAAGGUGGUUAAGUGAGCACUGAGGGUGUUCUGGGCUCCUGGACCAGUUUUUGGAAAGGCUUCUGAGAUUAGUGUUUGUGUAUUCCAAGUAGACUGGAACAUACUUAAGUCCUAAUCUUUUUUUAUACUGGUUUUAAACCACUUCAUUGGAUGUGUUGCAAUAGCAGAUUCCCAAAUUAGUUUUAGUGUUUACACCUUUAUUUUAUUUGUUUUUUUGGUUAUUUAAUAUUUAAUGUUUCUUUUACUUAAGUGAUGUUUGUCUUUACUGUUCUAAUGUAGCACAAAUCCUAUGUAAAAUCAUACUAUGUAUUUUUGACAUUACUAUUGAAAUCCAAAAUAUAUACAAAAAGUC